AUGCUUAGAAGCCGAACUGGACUCAAACCCGUUCUUGGAAGAUCACCGGCUCGCCUGUACUAUUCGGAAAAUGCACAAUCUUCCAAAAAUGAUCGGCAGAGAGCGAAGAACAUCAAAGACGAUCUGCAACAUGUUUUGAGUUUGUCGAACCGCAUUACUAGGGAAAGUAACGCGGAUUGCAACGUCACAGAAGAGGCCGACGAGAGACCGGCUCUGGAACUUCGAAAAAAACUAGAUCAGUUUCCACAAAGGAUCGGAGAACACCCAAGUUAUGUUAGAGAGCUGGACCAGAUGCUGCAGCUUGAUCGACCUGGACAGGCUUAUGAUAAAAACAAAGGGGACGCAAGACACUCUACGCUUCGAAAAACCGUUUCAGGUCCCGAAGUUCUAAGAGAAAACUUUCACAUCAACGCGGAUAAUGUGGAAUUUGAACCUGUCGCGCUCCAGGAGUCCGAAAGCAAGCCGCCACGCUUGUGCCACGAACUGGAUAGAGUUCUAUUCCAGCCGAUGAACUUUCAUACAUUGCAGGACAGUCGAAGUGGGACCUAUAAUUUCAGCAAGUGGCUUGAAGAUAUUAUUCGCGUCGACGAUUUUGAUUUCGAUGCAGUUUCGGAGUUUGUGACUUCGUCAAGGGAUAAAGAUAUGCUUCAAUUGGCAGAAAAAUACCAAAAAAGGUACUACUCUUCGACCAGCUCCAUGACGGGAGUCUUGUCACACAUGCACUUUUUAUUAUCGAAUUUCCGUAAAAGCAACAUGUCGAUAAUUUCAAAACACUUUCGUGAGAGAUCAGCUAGCUUCAGCCGAGGUGCUCAGCUUCCAGCAGUGGUGAUAAUGAAACGAAUGAAGAGUAAAAAGGGCAUAUUUUCUAUCGAUUCAGAUAAAUCCUCUGACCGUGAAAUCAUUUUAUCACUAUUGGGUCAUGCUCUAGAAACCGUGCUAACCACGGAAGAACAGCAGUUCAAACGAACGUUUGAUAAAUCUAAAGAAGACUACAAAGGCAGCUCUAUUCGACCAGAGGGCAAGUACCACUAUUCAAAAAUAGAGAACUUCGUACUGCGAUCUCAACUGGAUGCCUACCAUCCAAAACUGCCUGGGACAGGUAUUUUCGAUUUGAAGACUAGAGCUGUGGCUGCUGUUAGACACGACAUUGCAUACGUUGAAGAAAAUGACAAUUAUACCGGCUAUCAGCUGCAGCAAGUGUUGGGUAAGUUUGAAUCUUUUGAGCGUGAGCUUUUUGAGUUGAUAAGAAGCACCAUGCUCAAAUAUUCCCUGCAAGCUCGCAUCGGUCGUAUGGAUGGAAUAUUUGUUGCAUAUCACAAUAUUUCCAAAAUGUUUGGCUUUCAGUACAUUCCACUCGAAGAAAUGGAUCACAUUUUGCAUAGUUACGGUUGUCCGAACUUUGAAAGUAUCUUACAAGAGCGCAAUGACUCUCUCAAAGCCAUGAUAGGAGAUGAAGCUUUCAUUUUGAAGCAUGACCAUGCUAAUCUCGAUCGCGAUAUUGCUUCAAACAUCGCCGAUAGCGAAUUCAAAAUUUCAAUGUCACUCCUGAGCCAAUUACUCCGCAAAGCUGAAAAAUCCUUACCAGCUAAAUUUUCUUCUUGCCGUAUAGUCUUCAAGACUGAGAGUAAGAAAAUAUCCGAUCGUUCUGGCAACAUUUAUAGGAAACCGGUGUUGAAUGUUCUUAUCGCACCAUUGACAGAAGAGCAAACCAGUCAAUUUCAAAGGGCAGAUUUAACUAAAGAGUUUCUACAGGAUGGAAAAAACAUAGACACUUACGUGGAGAAAACGAGAAGACUUAACAUGGCCACUGCUAAGGAUGUGAUAGGGUUUGAGAUCCAUGUGAAUCACAAGGUCCAUCACCACCCAGGUUCCAUUGUUAAUCCUCGCAUCGCAAAUAAGAAGUCGACUGUCUUAGAUGAUUCUGCUAAGCAGUUUGUCAAGACGAUGGCGAACAAAAAUUUUUACAGUACGCUGAAGGAAUGGAAACAUGUUCAGUUCUUCCAUCCUUUGGACGUUUUGAAAUGGACACCUGAGUUCAGUAUACGCCAACUUGGCCAUCAAGACAGGGUUAAAAAACUAUAUAUGCAUUAUCUUGAUGAUAAAUUAUACGCAUUGAAGGGUCAAACGGUGGUAAGGAAGCCAUCAAAGUCAAUGCAAGAGAUCAUAGCGGAACGGAUAAGGCAGUUCAUGUCGGGGGAUGCAAAAUGUAAAAAACGGGAAGGAGGAGCUAUAGAUGAGAAUGAGGUUUCCCAGCUUCAAGCCGUGCUGAGGGCUUACUCAAAGAAGGGAGAACUUGCGAAAAGACGCCACAAAUAG